AUGGCCAUCGACAAGAACUCCGUUUCCCUCUCGGUCCUUGUUGUUAUGCUGAAAAGAUGCCUAUACAAGGUUUCGGGUUAUGGAAAAGCAACAGAAACCUUAGAAAUGCUAUGGCAGAACAAAUACGAAUUUGAUAUCGUUGUCAUUGCCAUGGUAGGGAUCAACAUGGAUGACCUCGGUCUCUUGAAGAUUGUUGAUUUUGAGUUGGAUUUGUCGGUCAUCGUAGUAUCAGCCAACGAUGAUGAGCGGUUCAUGACGAAUGCCAUAUUGUACGAGGCUAAAGACUUCCCGAAGAAGCCGAUUUGCGUUCUUGUGCUCCAAAACAUUUGGUAG